GCCCAAGAGGUCUGCUGCACAAACACCCCUCCUUGCCUUCCAAAAUCUGCCAAGGGUGUCUUGUGCUGUUCUAAGGACCGACAGGGUUCACCAGCUCUGGUCCUGAAUGCUCUGAACCCCUUGACUCCAUAGUGCCCGUAAGUCUUGCUUUCGUCUUAUUCCCAGACUUGCUGCCACCUGGCAGCGCCGUUUCCCAUGGAAGGUGAGCAAAGCCCCUUGCCCCCAGAGCUGGGUGAAGACGGCCCCUUGCCCUGGAGCCUGGUCCGCAGCUCUGGCCUUGCCCGCCCCGACGGGCUGUGGGAUGAGCACAUCCAGGCUAAGAGGGCCAGAGUAGAGACCAUCGUCCGAGGCAUGUGUCUCUCGCCCCAGCCUUUGGUGCCAGGCGAUGCCUGCCGAGCCAGGGGUGGACCAGCCUGCCUUGAGAAGGCCCGGGCACACAGGAGGAAGCAGAACAUCCCAGCGCACCAAGGGCCCUUAAGGUCAGGCGCUGCCCGGAAGGCGGGGCCCCGGGCGGCGGAACAGCUGAGGGGUCAGCUGCCACACUUGCAGGAGCACUCGGGGCAGGUUGCGGGGCCUCAGCACCCAGCGGGCUCCAACAAGGCCAAGGGCCCUGGGAGUGGACAGCAGCAGCCCGCCUGCUGCAGGCCGGUUCCCUGGAGCGUGGACGGCAACCAUGGUCAUGGCGCCGGCAGGAACCGGUCAAGGGUGGAAAAGUACAGAGCGGCUGCGGUCCAGUGCCUGUCGGAGCCCAGCUUCCCUCCUCCUGGGACUCAGGCUUUGCUGGAGAGACUGAGGGAAGAGCUGCCCGGGGCUGUGUCCCAGGCUGUGGAUGCGGUCUUGCAGAAGAUCCUGCUGGACCCACUACGCUUGCCGGCUCAGUGGGACAGAAACUUCCAGGUGCUAGUACCGAGGGGCAGGAGGGAGCCCUCCCCUCCUGGCACAGGUGUCCAUCCAGAGUCACUUGCUUUGGCUGCCUUGCCCAGGAGGGUGCAGCUGCAAGCUGGGGUUCCUUGGGGAGACUGGCCUAUGGCCAAGCCUCUGGAGUCCCCUCACCACCCUGGCUCUUCAAGCAGCACCCCCAUGCCCUAUCAGGCUCCCCCAGCAGAGUGCCCCUUGGCUGGGCCUUCCUACAUCCAGGAGAGUCAGCUUCUGGGCCAGCUCCUGAGCCGCUGGACCGGCAGUGUGCGCCAGCGCUCGCCUUUCCUAAGCCACCCCUCCUCGGAGUCGGUGCUUGCACCCUGGGAAGCCGCCCCGCAAACGUCGUCGGUGCCGAACCAGCAGCAGCAGCGCCCCCUGCCGGUCACCGCCACCAGCCUGGGACGCCUCCCCUUCCUUCCCAAGGUGAGGAUGGAGCAGCGCCACCUGCCGGCCGUCACUGAGGCACCUGCCUUCGCUCCAGGUCGUAUAUCCUUCAAUUGUCGGUGA